CGUUAAUUAAAUUUCUUCAUCCAUUGAAUCUAUUAACAAUUUGACACUACACUACACUAGCCAAUUGAUUCACAAGGUACUUUGGUAUAGCUUAGUAUAAAUUGCAUAAUGUAGCUAUAAGGUUGUUAUUAAAUGGCACUAUAGUAAGCUAUAAAAUUAUUAAUGGAAGAGGAAAAUUCAAAGGAGAAGAAUGACAAACAAGAGUCACCAAAAGAAAUUCGAUACCGAGGAGUGAGGCGUCGUCCAUGGGGAAAGUUUGCGGCUGAGAUUCGGGACCCAGCUAGACGCGGUGCACGCGUGUGGCUAGGCACAUUUCUCACCGCGGAGGAAGCUGCAAGAGCUUAUGAUCGUGCUGCUUUUGAGAUGAGAGGUGCUUUAGCAAUUCUCAACUUUCCACAUGAAUAUUCAAUUGUUAACUCCUCUUCAUCAUCAUUAGCACCUAAUUCAUCUUCAGCUUCAUGCUAUGAAUCAUCAUCAACGUCAAAUUACCAAAGUGAGCAUGGGAAACAAGUCAUUGAAUUUGAGUAUUUGGAUGAUAAAUUGUUAGAGGAUCUUCUUGAUUGUGAUGAAAGUGAAACCACUCGUAAAAACUUGCCAAAGUAGGUUUACUUAGAAGUAAGAACAUUAUUUGGUAUGAUCUAAAUUACUUUUUGGUGUGCUAUGUAGCAAAUAUAGUGAAAAACGAAAUGUCUUUUAAAUGUUAUUAGGUUAUCACAGUUGCAUUUUGUAUUAGUCAAUUGAUUUUCCUAUAU